AUGAUCUCGGCGAGUCUCCCCGGCGAGGCGCUGGUCCAGCUGCAGCUCAGCCAGCUGUACCCGCCGCCCAGCAUGACGCCGGAGUUCAUCGCCCCUCCGCCGCGCCCUUACCCGCGGUACCCACCACGCCGGCGGGACCCCAUGCCCGCGCCACCAGCCCCCGGGCCGUUCGCCCCCAGCCCCGCGUCCUACCCCUACCUGCCACACCCUACCCCCUACCCUUACAUCUCGUACGGCGCCAGAACAAGGCCGCCGACCUACCCUCUACGGCCGAGACCCACAUCGGGCUUCGUACCACCAGCGCCGGCACCACAUUUACCACACUCACCGCCAGUAUCCGCACCGGCGCCGCAACCGCUGCCUAGAGAGGAGCCCCCAACCUCACCUGAAAGGGGUGUUCCAACGCCUUACUUCUGUAAAGGAGCGUUGAUACGUUUAGAAGACGGAUCUCUACGGAAGGUGGAGGAGAUGCGUACAGAAGACUUCAUGAUGAGUGCAGAACGUAGUGGAGAACUAACACUCACACAAUGUACAUUACUUCGUUUGGACGAACGCGGGGAUCGCCUCGCGCUAACCCUCUCAUAUGACAGAAAUCGUUCCCAGGUGGAGCUAGAAUCGACGGUAGAACACCCGUUCUUCGUGUACGGUCAAGGCUGGGCCUCUUGUAAACCGGAGCGCACACUGGCGCGGUAUGGCUUGCAGGUUCAUAGAUUGCAAGUUGGCGAUCUGUGUGUGACUCUGGUCGCUCGUAAGCAUACCUCGCCAGCGAUCAGCCACGGUCCAGCGCCGCCUCAAACACACCCUGAGAACCUCAGCGUGAAGGAGGACGCCAGCAAACGACGCUGGUCGGCGUCCGACGUGGACGACGGACCGCCUCUCAAAAAACGCUAG